GUGCCCUUUGUGCCUGUAGUUUUUGAUUUUGCUCGUGCACGAUCGAUCUGACAUACUGUACCUACAAUGGGCCGCUGGCAGUGUUUCUUGGGAUUACUAUUAUUCGCUGUAAUCUGCAUAUAUAAGAGUGGAGCAAUAUCAUGUUACGAUUGCAAUAGCGUCAGCGAUAAACGGUGUUUAGGCGAUGAGAACAACAAAUUAACAGAUGACAUGAAGAAACAUUGCCCGGAGAGAAAGGGAAAGCCCUAUUCUCUUUGCAGGAAGAUCAAGCAAGUUAUUGAUUUCGAAGUCAAUGGUCUGCAACCUGACAGUAGAGUAAUUAGAACUUGCGGUUUCGACGAUAGUCAAUAUGCCAACAAAUGCUACCAAAGAUCCGGCUUCGGAGGAAGACAGGAAGUUUGCGCGUGCCAAAAUGACAACUGCAACGGAAGCUCGGCACUUUUAGCUUCUAUUCCACUAAUACUCGGUUUGAUAUUGUUGAAAAUAAACGUCUAGAGGUUGGAUAAUUCAUACCAAUUCGGAAUGUACCUAGUAAUUUAUUAGGGAAAAUACUGCAAUAUUUUUUAGAUGUGCUCACAUAUCGCUCAUUCGAAGAAUACGUUUUGAUAGGUACAUACAUAGUAUGUACAAAUUUAUUACUUUAUUCGAGUUGUGUUUAACUUGUUAAAUAUUGGUGUAGAACGCACUAUUUUUUAAUUAGCACAAUGAAUUAGUCCGGGUGCUGUAUCAUUAUAAAGUAGUUUAUCAAUGAAAAAAAUGGUUCUUUCAUAAAUAAAAAAAUUCAGAAAUAAAAAUUCUUUCAUCUUUUAAAGCUCUCAGAUAAAUAGUGCAUACUACACUUAUGUUGCUAUACAAAUAUUUGUAAAUUCGUUAUUAACAAUGAAUAAUUAAAAUCAACCUGCCAUUCUUCGAUAUAAUAUUAAUAAUUAACGUAUUAAAUUAAUAAUAUUAACUAUUACCUAAUUAGAAAUACAUACUGGUUCCAUAGAGAGCUCGCAUUUUUGCAGCAAUAGUAUGGAUAGAUGAAACGUAAUUUGAUCGAUAAAAAGUAACGUUUUUUAUUUAUUAGCAACAAAUAUUUUGUUAAGGCUAUAAUAAUUAUAUUUCGAGAUAGCAGUUAUUUAUAAUACUACUAAUGUACUAAUACAAUAGGAAAACAGUAAUUAUUUCUGAGGUUUUUAAUGUUAUCGUCAAAAAUUGUGAUAUUAACGAACAAUUUACAAUGAAAAUAAUAUUCCCAUCUCUCAAUACCUAUAUUCUUUUUAAUAACCAAUUCUACAACUUAAGACAAAAAAAUAAAAUUUGUU